CAAAGAUUCAGUCAGGUGCGAAGCACCGAGCGAUACGGACGUGUUCGCCUCCUUCGAGUCUAGAAUCCGCACAAAAUUCCAGAGAUCAGUUCGAGAGUGAAACAGUGAGAUUUGUGUCAUCCGAGUGUCCCAAGAGUAUUACCAAAAAGAUACAACAAGUAUUUGAAAAUUAUCAAAGCCAGUGAAGAGUAAAAAACAGUCAAGACUCAAAAUGAAUCAUCUAUCGCCGCCACCAUCACCGCACUCCCAGCAGCCGAGUCCGGCGGGCAUGGGCUACAAUGGAGCCUCCUUGGACAAGCAGUGGAUGCAGCGUGCAUCCGCCUUCAAUACCGUGAUAGCCUCAGCCGCAGCCCAGAAGCUCAAUGGAAGAGAUCUGCCCUUUUUGUACAACCCACUGCUCUACUCCAGUGCCCUGCUGUGGCCCCAAUUCCUUCUGUCUUCGGCCACUGCUCUGGGCACUCCUCUGACCCCCAUGACCCCCAAGUCACCGGCUGGCUUGGUGGCAGGUCAGCGUGAUCGGGACUAUGCUCUCACUCCUGAGAAGGAGCACGAGAUGCAGCAGAUCGGCAAGCAGGAGAUGGAGCAGGACGAGGACAUGCCCCUGAACCUGAGCACCAAAGGGCGCAUCUCCGACCAGGAGAACUACGGCCAGCAUCACCUGCACAUCACCAGCAGUAGCAGCAGCAGCAGCAACAACAGCAGCCGCAGCAGCUCCAGCAGCGACGUGGAGCCACUGCAUCCGGUGGCAGCCCUGAAUGUGACCCCGCCCCCAUUGAGGGCGGUGAAUCUGAAGAGCUCGGGAACACCACAGCAGCAGCAACAGAGGCAGCGAUCGCAGGGCAAUCUCAUUUGGUCGCCGGCUUCGAUGUGCGAGAGAUCGGCGCGAAGGGAGCAACUGGCUCUGAAAAUGGAGGAGGAUGUAGAGCUGGAGGGAGAAGCGGGAGAAGAGGAGCACCAGGUGGACCCCAUUGUACGGAAGUUCAAGUAUGAGCGAAGGACUGCAGCCUCUGUCUCGUCGCUGCAAUCGCCGAUCUCCUCGCUCUCCGCGCCGCCUUCCACUUCUGGCCAGGAUCUGGACUUUGAGGUGGCCCAGCAGCAGUUGUACGCCCAUCGCAGCGCCUUUAUGGCCGGGCUAACGGGCAGCAAUCUGGAGCUGCUGACCCAGCACUUGAAGUCGCAGCAGAACCAGAAACACCAACAGCAGCAGCAGCAACACAUCAAGGACGAGCACCAGGAAAACCGUUCGGCAGCCGCUCUGAUGGGCUUGGUGGCUGCCGCCGAGUUCGGCUACAUGCGUAAUCCACACCAGCAGACGCACCAGCAACAGUUGCAUCAUCAUCAUCAUCAGCAACAGCAGCAGCAGCAGCAACAUCAGCAGCAGCAGCAGCAACAUCCUGACUCAACGGCCACAGAUGUUGCACGUCGCUCAUCCUCUUCGUCCUCGUACCAAGGUGAGGGCGAGGAGAAGCGCAGUGGCAGGAAUUUCCAGUGCAAACAAUGUGGCAAGAGCUUCAAGCGUUCAUCCACCCUGUCCACGCAUCUGCUCAUCCACAGUGAUACCCGGCCCUAUCCCUGCCAGUACUGUGGCAAGCGUUUCCACCAGAAGUCCGACAUGAAGAAGCACACCUACAUACACACCGGCGAGAAGCCGCACAAGUGCACCGUGUGCCUGAAGGCCUUCAGCCAGAGCUCCAACCUGAUCACGCACAUGAGGAAGCACACGGGAUACAAGCCCUUCGGCUGCGGACUCUGCGAUCAGUCCUUCCAGCGCAAAGUGGAUCUCCGGAGGCAUCGCGAGAGCCGCCACGAGGAGGCCUCCAACGAGGACCUCAAGCCCCUGGACAUGCCCCCGACCUUGCUCAAGAUGGAGGUGAGCAGCAGCAGCUGUUGACCAGGAUCUCCUCCUUAUCCUCCUCCUCCUCCAAGAAGAGACACACACCCAAACCAGUUCAGAUGUAGGAGCUCAUCCCCGUCUAAGUCGUUGCUAUGAAGCCAAAGUUUGUUUUGUUUAGGCCUUCGCAAAGAUUUAACUAGGAUUAGGAUGACUAUUGUUAAGUUACUGCUCAACCCUAGUACUGUAAGCCUGUAUAUAGUAAACAAAACACAAGACUUUUCUGUAGUUGUUAAUAGAUCCUAGCCUAAUGACUAAUAUUAACUUAUUGCAUUAACCUCUAUCGAUUUGGUUUAAACGUAACCCAAAAUUGGCAGCUAAAAGUACCAAAGAACAACAUCAACAAGGAACACAACCACCACUUGGCGACCAAAAACUUGUCAAAAUUUAAGCAUUUUUAUUUAUUUAAGUUAGUUUCGAUUACCAUCCUCAUUUAUUUAUACGAUUAUUGUGAAUUUUUUGUAGCCUAUUAUUAUAAUUUUAUAAUUUACCCAAUGAUUUGUAUUUUAGUUAUUAGUAGAUUAAAUAUGAUAUUUUGGAAAAUAAAAUGCAAAGUUCAAGAACAAGGAA